CCGUGCAUAACAUUUUUCGCUUGGUCACAGAGCGUAUCGUGAUGAGCAAAAACACUAUGCUUCAUAAGAAACCCUAACCAUAGAUAUCGCCGGCGACACUUUAUGGAUGCAAAGGACAUACUCGGCCUCCCGAAGUCAUUCCCCGGUACACAGGAGAAGAAGCCUCGGCCUCUGAAAGAGCCUCAGAGAAAGCCGGAUGGCAUAUCACGCGAGGUUUACGCGCUCACUGGGGGAAUGGCGCCUCUCAUGCCGACGAUAGAGGUUUCUCACUUGAAGCGGAGAUCGGUUGCGGAUAAGGAGAAUAUUACAUGGCAAUGGCUUCCAUUCACCAACUCUGCACGUUCUGAUAACUUACAAUUGUAUCACUGGGUGAGGGUGGUCAAUGGGAUUCCUCCUACUGGUGAUUAUCAAUUUGCUAAAUACAACAAGUCAAUCGAUGUUGUGAAGUAUACGGAUGAGGAAUACGAAAAGUAUCUUACUGAUUCUAUGUGGACUAAGGAGGAAACUGAUCAAUUGUUUGAAAUGUGUGAACGGUUUGAUCUUCGCUUCAUAGUAAUAGCUGAUAGAUUCCCUUCUUCUCGAACUGUGGAGGAACUUAAGGGUCGCUACUACUCUGUAUCUCGAGCACUUUUGAUUGCUAGAGCACCAUCUGCUGCUGAUGUUGCUGGACACCCCCUUGUUAAGGAUCCUUAUGAUAUGGCACAUGAGGUGGAAAGGAAGCGUGCACUCUCUGCUAUUUUAUCUCGAACAAAACAGCAGGAGAUUAAGGAUAUUGAGAUCCUUUCUGAAGCCAAGCGCAUAACGGAGUCUCGCAUUGCUAGCAAAGGUGCGGAACAUGUGGAUAUUCCAGACGACCCCACUGAUAUUGAAAUAACAGAUAAAGGUACUCGUGCUGAAUCUCCAUCACCAUCAUCUAACAUGCAGACAUCAUCUAUUGUUGCAGCUUCAGCAGCAAUAACUGAGAGCACCACUACCCCUGCUUCAUUACGCAUGCUUCGUGUAUACUUGAGAACGUAUGCACUUGACCAAAUGGUGCAAGCAGCUAGCUCCAAUGCUGGACCAAGAACCAUCAAAAGGGUUGAGCAAACAUUGUCAGACCUUGGGGUACACAUAAAACCAAAAGUUCCAACUAAAGCAGUAUGCGCAGAGCAUCUUGAAUUGCGCAAAGAAAUACUUGCACUAUUCAACCUACAGAAGCAGCUGCAGAAUAAAGAGGCUGAAGCUUCCGCCACUCGUGAAACUUCAUUCGCUGAGGCCCCUGGUACUCCUAUGGUAAUACUUGCUCUACUUGACCUUAUGGAGAUCACAUGGGUGCUAUUGCACGCUCAUAUCGUGGAGAUACGGAGCGGCCAUUUGUAUCUGAAGCAGUUGGUUUUGCCGGAGAAAGAGUGGGCAAAAGGGAGCAUAAACGCAAGGCUCCUGGAAGAUUUAUGGAUGUGCCACCUUCACCUCCCCAGUCUAAAAGGUCAAGGAAAUUGAAGGCUUCUGAUGGUUGAUUUUCCGUCAAAAAUAUAAAAUGACAUAAUUGGUACCUUCUCUGUGUACUAAUGCCAUAAUCUCGGGAUCUUUUUUAUCACAUGAACUUAGGAAAUUCAUUUAACUUUCAAACUAUUGAAUUUCUGCUAGAACAUCUUAUAUGCACAAUCUUUUAUUUUUUGACAUCCUAUUCUAUAUUGCUUUGUGGCCAUGGAUUGGAGCUUUUGUUUAUUUUUUGAUUUUUAGGGCCAUUAUUUGAUGGACGUGUGCAUAU